AUGGCCUCCGCCGGUGACCCCGCCGUCCCUGGCCACUUCAACGACGACGAGGAUCUCCUCGACGACGAGGAAUUCUCCGAUCACGAUGAAGACGACUCCGCCUCCUCCGCCGCCCUCGCCGUCGAUCGUCAUCCCCCAUCCACCUCCGACGCCCAGGUCACGAUCGCCGUCCCCGGAAUCCCCGAUCCACACCUGAGCCGCCGCCGCCACCAGCAGCAGCAGCAGCAGCAGACGCUGGAAAUCGUCAUCGCCAAAAGGCAGGUCCCACCGGACGAGUCCCGCAAGCUCUUCCAGCGCCUGUGGACUGAUGAGGACGAGAUCGAGCUGCUACAGGGGUUCCUCGACUACACAAGCCUGCACCGUGGGCCCCACGGCUCCUCCCAGCAUCAUCACGACACCACCGCCUUCUACGACCAGAUCAGGAGCAAAUUCCAGCUCGAUUUUAACAAGAAUCAGCUCGUCGAGAAGCUCCGGCGCCUCAAGAAGAAGUACCGGAACGUCGUCAACAAGUUCGGCUCCGGCAAAGAAUACACCUUCAAGAGCCCCCACGAACAGGCCACCUUCGAAAUCUCGUCCAAGAUCUGGGGCAAUCCCCCUGCGGUCAACGUCAACGUCUCCUCCUCUGCCUUCCCCAUCACCGCUGUCCCCGUCCCAAUCCCCAUCGAGGAUGAAGACGAUGACCUAAACAACCCUAAUUUUGCAGAUUGCCAGAGCCCCAACCUUAAUGGUAUCGACAUAAACAGCAAAACCCUACGGCCCAAGAAGAGGAGCCGAGCUGGCAUGGUGAAAAUGGAGGAAAGACAACAACUUGCCUCCAUUGGUAAUGUCAAUAAUUACACUCAGGCAACGCCAACUGUGCCUGCUCAGGGAGUAGCCGGAUCUUUGUCAAGUGUAAUUGAAGAGACUGUGAGGAGCUGUUUGUCUCCCAUAUUCAAGGAGCUGCUGAGCAAUUCAAUGAACUCCAAUCACAGUCCACACGGGCUGUACUGUGGGCAGCAUGUGUAUGAGCUGACGCGAAGCUCACUGCCAUUAGGUUUUGCGGCGGCCAAUGAGAGGUGGAGGAAGCAACAUAUAUUGGAGUUGGAGGUAUUCUCCAAGCGGCUGGAGUUGUUGCAGGAUCAGAUAAGAGAGCAAUUGGAGGAGCUUAGGUCCAUGGGGAAUUAA